AAUGUCUUGUAGAAUUGAUUUAGAUACAAAGGCUUGUAGAAAUUAUUCUUAGGGACUAAAAUAACCAACUGCAACUUUGUUCUAACGGCAGUAAAUUCGAAGGAACAAAGCUUAUUGUUAGAAUAAAGGAGAUCGCGGUUUCUAACGAGGGUUAAAAGCAUUAAUUAUAGGUUCUAUUAACUCCAACAUUUAAAAUGUAUGGUAUCAACCCUUUCGAAUACACUAUUUCCGCGUUAGCGUCAUUACUUAUUCAUACGUUAACUACUAAGCGGUUGGCAGCUUCAGGAGCCUGGUUAUUGUUAAUAAACUCACGCAAGAGAGAACAGCUCGAUUAGAAAUGGAAGUAUCGACUAGAAGUCGCGGCUUUAAAAUGACGCCGGAAAAAGCCGUCAAGUAUAUUAAGAUGAGUGUUUUUUUGUUAUGCAUGUGGCCGCCGUUGAGAAGCAAGUCAAAAGUUUUUUUCAAACUAUUCAUGUGUUUCUCGGUUGUGGUAGCUCUGGGAUUAUUGUUUCCUUUGAUAAAUUCAGUGUUUUACUUCAUCGACGACAUGGUAGUCAUUUUGAAAUCAAUUAUAUGUGGGGUGGUAACAAUUAAUUUUUUAAUAAAAUUUUUCAUCAUAAGGAUCUAUCACAGAAAAUUUGAGAGACUAGGGGCCACGUUGAACGAGUUUAUAAUGAACGCAAGUGACUCAAGCAUGUUAGUUUUCCAAAAAUACAUCGACAAGAGCUGGAAGUUCCAAUUUUUGAUGGUUUUCGGCUGGUAUUUUGCUGCUGGGGGAUUAGUAUUGGGUCCAUUGGUGCUCCCGCAAAAAUUUCCCAACGAUGCGGUGUAUCCGUUUUCGGUGGAGCAUCCCCUUGUUGCCAAAAUAAUUUAUGCGCAUCAGAGCUUUGUUGCCUAUCAGUGCGCUACGGGGUUGGCUAUGGACGGACAGGCAGCGUUAUUCAUGUGGUACCUCAAUGCCAAAUUUGAAAUACUUGUGUCGGAAAUAAAGCGAGUCAUCAAUAGAGAGGAUUUGUGCUGGUGCAUCAAACAACAUCAAGAGAUACUAUUAUUUGCCGACGAAUUAAUCCCACCAAUUCGCGCCCUUGCAUUUACAUCAAUAUCAGUGACGAAAAUUUUAAUGAUUUCUAGUGGGUUUUUCCUAAUUUCGGACGAGACUCUUCUAGUGAAACUUCAGUUCGUCAUAGUAGCAAUAUCCUCAACAUUUAACACAUUUUUAUACUCCUGGGCCGCAGAUGAUCUGAUAAAUAUUUCGGGACCGGCCUUGUCCAGUGAAAUUUUCAAUGGAUUUUGCCAUCACUCCCUGAAAAUGAAGAAAAUGUGUCUUUUAACAAUUCACAGAGCCCAGAAGCCAAUUGUGAUAAACAUUCCAGGUCUUCUCGCUACUCUUUCAAACGAAUACUACGCAUCAUUUUUAUCGACAGCGUUUUCGUGCUUUGCAACAAUUCGCGCUGUUAUCAACUCUUGAUUCAGGAAUGAAUGACAAAAAAAUGUUGAUAUCUGUUGAAGUAGUAUAUUACAAUGCUUGAAAAUUAUUGAUUAAUGUUAAACAUAACUUGCAUAAACUAUUAUUGAUAAUAGUAAUUUGAAA